AUGCUUUGUUUUGACGAAACCUUUUUGGGUUACACACCCACCAUCCACCACGAUACAUACGCCCCGAUCUCCACUAGUCACCAUGAAGGCCAAGCAAUUCUCGUUUCGGGAGCCUCACGUGGAAUCGGCCGAGCUAUUGCGCUUUCCUUUGCCAAGGGAGGAGCCGCAGCUAUCGCUCUGAUCGCACGAAACAAUCUCGAUGAGACAGAAGCGGAGAUCCACAAAGUGGCGAAAGAUGCAGGACACGAGAAGCCAAACGUCUUAAAGCUCCAGUUAGAUAUUACCGACGAAUGCGCUGUUAAGAAAGCCGCUGAGAAGGUCAAACUGUGUUUCGGUCGCCUGGAUAUUCUAGUCAACAAUGCUGGCCGCCUGCAUGCUCUCUGCCCCAUACUGGAAAGCGACACGCAGGAAUGGUGGAAGACACUAGAGGUGAACCUCAAGGGGACAUACCUUGUGACUCGGUUUUUCCUCAAUCUAGUCCUUCAGGGACAGCAGAAAACAAUUGUGAUCACCAGUUCCAUUGGCGCUAUAUCGGAAGGUCAUGGGAUGUCGUCCUACCAGAUUAGCAAAACUGCGUUGCUCCGCCUGUCAGACUUCCUGAUGCACAAGGUUGGCAAUCAGGGUGUCCUGGCCUUUUGCAUACACCCUGGGAUAGUCAUGACUAAGCUUGCUGAAGUUAUUCCUGAGAGUGAGCGAGAUAUAUUCGUCGACAACCCCAGAUUGUGUGGAGAUACUAUCUCUUGGCUUACUGAAGAACGUCGGGACUGGUUGGCUGGGCGUUUGAUCAGUGUCAAUUGGGAUAUGUUGGAGCUGAAUGCUCGCCGGGAGGAAAUUAUCCGGGGAGACAAGCUCAAAUUGAGGUUCACGUUUUGA